AACUUAUUUGUAAGGUACUAAGUUCUGGGAACCACGUGAUUUGUUGUGUUCUCUCUCUAUAAAUAUCAGGACUGGCUCUGCUUGUCAGCAGUUGCUGGACUUCAGCAUGAUUGCCUCUCAGUUGCCGACUUACGUGGCAGUUUUGGUUCUCUGUAUCUUAAGGGCCAGCUCCCUGGAUACUUUCAUUGCAGCUGUUUAUGAGCAUGCGGUGAUAUUGCCUAAUACCACAGGAACACCCGUGUCUCCUGAAGAGGCACUGGCAUUAAUGAAUCGGAAUCUGGAUCUUCUGGAAGCAGCAAUCACGUCAGCAGCCAAGCAGGGUGCACAUAUUAUUGUGACCCCAGAAGAUGGUAUUUAUGGCUGGAAUUUCAACAGGGCAUCUCUCUACCCAUACUUGGAGGAUAUCCCAGACCCUCAGGUAAACUGGAUUCCUUGUAAUAAUCCUAACAGAUUUGGCCAAACUCCAGUACAAGAAAGACUCAGCUGCCUGGCCAAGGACAACUCUAUCUAUGUCGUGGCAAAUAUUGGAGACAAGAAGCUCUGCAAUGCCAGUGAUCCUCAGUGUCCUCCUGAUGGCUGGUACCAAUAUAACACAGAUGUGGUGUUUGAUUCUCAGGGAAAACUAGUAGCGCGCUACCACAAGCAAAACCUUUUUAUGGGUGAAGAACAGUUCAAUGUCCCAAAGGAGCCUGAGGUUGUGACCUUUGACACCACUUUUGGAAAGUUUGGCAUUUUCACAUGCUUUGAUAUACUCUUCCAUGAUCCUGCUGUUACCCUGGUGAAAGAUCUUCAUGUGGACACCAUACUCUUCCCAACAGCGUGGAUGAAUGUUUUACCACAUUUAUCAGCUAUUGAAUUCCAUUCAGCUUGGGCUAUGGGCAUGGGAGUCAAUUUUCUUGCAGCCAAUACACAUUGUCCUUCAAAGAAAAUGACAGGAAGUGGCAUAUAUGCACCUGAUUCUCCCAGAGCAUUUCAUUAUGACAUGAAGACAGAGGAGGGAAAACUCCUCCUUGCACAACUGGAUUCCCACCCACACCACGCAGUAGUGAAUUGGGCUUCUCAUGCCAGCAGCAUAGAACCACUUUCAAAGGGAAACCAGGAAUUUAAGGGCACUGUCUUUUUUGAUGAAUUCACUUUCGUGGGGCUCACAGAAGCCACAGGAAAUUACACAGUUUGUCAGAAAGAUCUCUGCUGUCACCUAAGCUACAAGAUGUCUGAGAAGAGAUCAGAUGAAGUUUAUGCCCUAGGGGCAUUUGAUGGACUGCACACUGUUGAAGGGCGCUAUUAUCUACAGAUCUGUACUCUUCUGAAGUGUAGAACGACUGACUUAAACACUUGUGGGCACUCAGUUGAAACAGCUUCUACUAGGUUUGAGAUGUUCUCCCUCAGUGGUACUUUUGGAACCCAGUAUGUCUUCCCUGAGGUAUUGCUGAGUGACACUAAGCUUGCCCCUGAAGAAUUUCAGGUGUCUAGUGAUGGACGCCUGAUGAGCCUGAAGCCAACAUCUGCACCUGUCUUAACAGUAACUCUGUUUGGAAGGUUGUAUGAGAAGGAUCAGGCAUCAGAUGCUUCCUCAGACCUCACAGCACAAGCCCUGGGAAUCAUUUUAACAGUUGUAAUAAAUAUUGUGUGCUUUUUAUUUUGGUAGGAUAAUUAUAUAUUUCCUCUCUUUUAUUUGGGAUAAUUUAAAAAUAUGGUGGAUGAGAAAAGGAUUGUCUUGGAUUUUGCAAAUAGUGGCCUGUGGUAUUUUUUUUUUUUUUUUGACAGGCAGAGUUAGGCAGUGAGAGAGAGAGACAGAGAGAAAGGUCUUCCUUUUCCGUUGGUUCACCCCCAAAUGGCCGCUACGGCUGGCACGCUGUGCCGAUCCGAAGCCAGGAGCCAGGUGCUUCUCCUGGUCUCCCAUGCGGGUGCAGGGCCCAAGGACUUGGGCCAUCCUCCACUGCCUUCCUGGGCCACAGCAGAGAGCUGGACCGGAAGAGGAGCAACCGGGGCAGAACCGGCGCCCCAACCAGGACUAGAACCCGAGUGCCAGUGCUGCAGGCAGAGGAUUAGCCAAGUGAGCCACAGCGCCGGCCCUGUGGUAUUUUUAAAUUACAAAUAUACACUUGUCUUUGUUUAGAAGAACACAUAUCAAUAUAUGUAUUAAUUUAAAAAACUAUUUGAGCUUUGUUCUUUCCUGAAAUUGGGCUGUUUAUAUCAAAUUGGACUCACAAAUGCUUUCUGCAGAAGAAAUAAAAAUUACAUCAAAUCUCUUCUAAAAUACACUUAAGUCUGAAAUCUUUUUUUCUAAAGAUUUAUUUAUUUAUUUGAAAGAGUUACACAGAGAAAGAAGGAGAGGCCAAGAGCGAGAGAGGUCUUCCAUGUGCUGGUUCACUCCCCAAAUUACCACAAUGACUGGAGCUGUGCCGAUCUGAAGCCAGGAGCCAGGAGCUUCUUCUGGAUCUGAGCUUCUUCUGGGUCUCCCACCCAGGGGGCAGGGGCCCAAGGGCUUGGGCCAUCUUCUACUGCUUUCCUAGGCCAUAGCAGAGAGCUAGAUAAGAAGUGGAGCAGCCAAGACUCGAACCGGCACCCAUAUGGGAUGCUGGCACUUUAGGUGGCGUCUUUACUUGCUACACAGUGUCAGCCUCCCAAGUCUGUAAUCUUUACCACUUUUAUUAAAACACAUAUCUCUUAUUCCAUUAUGCUUAAAUUUUCUAAAGAGUUUUAUUUGUUUGCUGUGCUUAGUUACUUACCUAAAUAAUACAUUUCAAUUCUUCUGUGAGCUGAAUAGUGUCCCCCAAAAUUUACAUUUUAAAGUCACCACCUCCAGAGGUAAUUAAAUUGAAAUGAGGUGUACUCUAAUCCAGUUGUUAUUAUAAGAAGAGAUUAGGAUAUAGGAAAUAGACUCGCUCAGAGAGGAGAGCAUAUGCAGUCACAGAGGAAGAAAACCAUCCUCAAGUCCUAUAGAGGGGUCCUCAGAAGAAACCAACCAUGCUGACAACUUGACCUUGGACUUCUAGCCUCGAGGAUCAUUAGAUAAUAAAAUUUCCGUGUUUAAGACACUCAGACUGGAGGAUACUCAUACAAAUUCCAAUUCUCUCUUCCCUGUUCCCAGCACCAUUUUCCAGCAUAACCGGAAGCUUGAAUCAAAAUGGGUCAUUUACUAAGAAUAUCCAACUGGUCUGGGUUCCCAAGACUCUAACAAACAUCCUUACAGAAGGAUUGCCGAUAGCUUGAUAAUGAAACCACCAUACUACAAUAUCCUCUAUAAUUAGGAUAUCACAAAGAUAUAUUUAUAAAGUUAUAUGUUUAUCUGACAUUAAAUAUUAUUUUCAGAAAUAGUGAAAUUAGUUGACAUUUGAUGAUUUAGUGAAACAGAGAACGUAGCUUUUUUUUGAGAAGAGACAAAGAGCUUUCAUUGUUAGUUCACUCUUCAAAUGCCCAACAGUGGCCACUGGGCUGAAGCUGGGAGCCAGAAACUCAAUCAGGUCUACUAUGUUGGUGGCAGGAACCCAAUUACACAAGACAUCUUCACUGGGGCCAGCGCUGUGGUGCAGCAGUUUAAAGUUCUGGCCUGAAGUGUUGGUAUCCCAUACGGGUGCCAGUUCUAGUCCCAGCUGCUCCUCUUCCAAUCCAGCUCUCUGCUAUGGCCUAGGAAAGCAGCAGAAGAUGGCCCAAGCCCUUGGGCCCCUGCACCCAUGUGGGUGACCCAGAAGAAGCUCCUCACUGCUGGCUUCAGAUCGGUGCAGCUCCGGCUGCUGCAGCCAUUUGGGGAGUGAACCAGUGGAUGGAUGACCUCUCCCUCUCUCUGUGUCUCUACCUGUCUCUGUAACUCUGUCUUUCAAAUAAAUAAAAAUAAAUCUUGAAGAAAAAAAUCACUAUUGUCUCUCAGCCUAUGCAUUAGCAAUAGGAAUCUGUAGUCAGGAACCAGAGUUAAGAAUCGAACCCAGGCACUUUAUGGAUAUAGACAUUGUAAAUCCUAGGCCAAAUCAAAAUAAUUCUCAAUUGAUGAAUUAUCAGUCAUCAUUAACAUUAGCCUCAUACUGUACCAAACAUGGCCUUCUACAAAGGACAGAAGGUUACCAGAAACAGUGACCCACAUCAGCAAUACAUCAUCUUGAAAGAAACAUUUUUUGUGACAGCCACUUUUCCUGGAAAAUAUUUAAAUACCAUCUUAUGCUUUUGUGAAAUCAAGCAAUUUUUUUUAAAAAGAUCUAACUGAAAAUAAGAACUCUCAUCAUGUAUUUAGGGACAGGAAUCCCAGAGGCAGGCCUCAAUAUUGUGAUAUAAUUUUAAUUUAAAGUAGAAAUAUUGAAGAUGGAAAAAAGGCUGUAUGCUUCUCUUCUGUUCAGCACUGACAAUGGUAUUAAUUAUCCAUGUGGUAUGACAAAUAAUACCAAAACUAAUGUCUUAACACAACAAAAAUUUAUUAGAGUUUCUGAGAGUCAGGAUCUCAGGGUGGCUCAGUUGGAUCACUAUGGUUCAGGGUCACUCUUCAGGCUGUAGUUAAGCAGUCACCAGGGUUGCAGUUACCUCAAGGCUCUGAUGCAGCUGGGGAUCUGCUUCUGAGCACAUGCACAUAGCUGUUGAUAGGACACUUUUCCUUGCUGGAAGUUGGCUGAUGGCUUCUCUCCUCACCAUGUGGGGCUUUCUAAAGGAUGCUAUAAAGUUUUCACAAAGUGGUAUCUGGCUUCUUCCAGAGUAAUGGCAUUGAGAAAGAGAGAGAGAAAUAACCUAGAACAGAAGCUGCCAUCUUUUAGAUCCUAAUCCUAAGGAGUGACGUCACUUCCACCACUUGCUGUUGGUCACACAGGCUCAACGUGGUGCAAAAUCAGAGAGAAUCACACAAAGUUGAGAAAUCAGGGAUGGGAAUUACUGGGACCAUCUUGGGCGCUGGCUCUAAUGGUGAACAGAAGAAUUUGUAUUUACUCAUGUAUUUAUUUGCUUUAUAAUGUGAAUUGUUUUUCCUUUUCACUACAUGUAAUACGAGUAUUUCAAACAUUUGUGGAAAAAUGGGAUGAAAAGAUAAGUUUACAUUGGUGCAAGAAUUUCAUAAUCUAUGCAUAGCUUUUGCAUAAUACUUUCAUAAAUUUUUUGAAGACCCAUUCAUGUAUCUCAAAAAUACAAUUCCAAUAUUUGUGUCUGAAAAGUACUAUAUCAAAAACUUUUUUGUAUUGACUUUUGUAAUUAAAUUAAAUAUUUUAACAUUC